CUUCCGUUUACAUAAAAGUGAUUUACUUCGCUCUGUGCGGAUUAACAAACUCUUUAAAUGUGUUUUACAAAAUAUACAUAUGAAAAAACAGCCUGACAGGGUGGUCAGGUUGAAUACAAAGGUUGCAAAGUUAAGGACUUUUAUUUUGGAGGAAAAAAAGUCACCGGACGUAUUAUUUUGUUAAAAUCUUGUAAUUAGCAAAUUAAGUGGCGUUUUGAGCUCGUGUCAAUGCUGUUUAUCGUGUGUAGACCUGCCUGUGACCACACUUGGCUGCAUCAUAUCAAAGCCACCUGGAACUCUGCAGGUUAAUUAAUCUACCAUUUUACCUGAUUACACAAGAAAGACAUCUUUUAAGUAUUUUAAUUUAUCGUGGUCUAAAAAAGAUUUAUGCGCCAAAUGUCAUGGCAUAUAGAAGAAGACGACAACUCUCACUUCCAGAUCACAGGGAUAGACCUGUGCCCAACAACAUGGACCAACUUGCUUUCAAAUACAUGUCAGGAGAUGUGUAAAGUGGAGUCCAGCAGCGAUUCGGACUCUGAGAUCAGUCCAAGAUGGUCGGACACCAGCACUAUGGGAUGUGUGAGCAGUACACCAGUGAGUGUGACUUUUCGGCGGACAUUGCCGUUAACGCACAAGCCGGCAGGAAGGUAUGGCUGUUAUUCUUUGUUUUUGGACCCGUACGAUGGGAGCUCUGAGGAUUCUGACGAGUCGAACAUCGAUGUGGGUGUCUCCAGCAGGCGAAUGAAGCAGCAGGGAAAAGGUGGAGGAGGCUUUUGCCGGUUCCCGGGCAGGGGCAGGGGCAGGGGCAGGAGUAGGAGGUUCAUCCUUCAUCACCCUGCUUCUGUUUCCCUGAGGGAAGUGGAGAAAAAUGGGACGAGAGAUGCUGUAACAGACAACGAUGUCCAGAUGAAAUGUGGGAGUGACCCUGAGAUGUGUGUCUGUGACAUUCUGCCCUCCCACAGUGACAGGGAAGGUGGUAAAGAUCUCACAGAGCAAAUGACCAAUGAUUCAACAAUGCACACCCAAACCAUGGAUAUAGCUUUGCAUUGUCAAUUUGAUGAUUCAGGCUUGCAAGCUACUAGGUCCACCACACCUCACACAGCUGGACCUGUAACCCCAGUGGAAGCGAGUUUGACCCAGAUGCUAGAUCGCUCCUCUGAGAGAUCCCCCUGCCCCUCUAACCUCAGCUCACUUUACAAGAGAAAGCUCGGCUUCCCUGGAGCAGAUGUGGUGGAGCUGGGGCAAAGAAAGAGGCAGUGUAUCGUCAACAUGGAGGACAAACAAGAAGAAAGGGACUCUGCAUCUGAACCAUGUUAGAGACAUAUAGCCAUGGACUGACGCACUGAAGUACCGCAAUCAUAUUCAAUGCCUUAAACUGUUUAAGGUACAAUGAAAGACUAUAGUUACUUGCCAAUGCACUUUGUUUACACAUGUAUAGAUAAAACAAUGUAGAGACCUGAAGGUUUAUAUUUCUUCCUCCAGUUAUUUGAGUGUCUCACAGAUGUCACAUAAUGUGCUGAUUGUCUUCAAGCAAUUGUAAUUUUUGUUGGGAGAAUUACCGUAGUAACCUCGAU